AUGGAGAGCUGCAGCCCGAAGCUGAUACCGGCUGACCCGCACACUCAACUCAGCGCCAACAUGUCACCAAAAACGGAGAAAGAAAUUGAUGAUAUGAAGAAAGUACCGUACCGUGAAGCUGUUGGGUCUUUACUCUACUUAGCGACAACUACUCGUCCGGAUAUAGCUUUUCCCUUAGGGCAAGUGUCACAGUUUUGUCAGAACCAGGGCUAUGGACACUGGAAUGCUGUGAAAAGGAUCAUCUCUUACCUAUCAGGAACGCCUAAUCAUGGACUUCAAUUCAAGGAGGGCAGCUGCAGAGAUGUCAUCGGGUACAUUGAUGCUGAUUUCGCGAGAGACGUGGAUAACAGAAAAUCGACUACAGGAUCUUUUGGCUCUGAGCCUGAGGCCUACCCCCAGGCUCAUGCCUGGCAACUACAGAAUUUUCAGAGACCUUUGUCUGCUUUAAAUGCAAGGGACCUCCUCAAUUUCUCUUCCUGCACUAAAAUUACCCGUCUACUCGCUGCGUCUUGUCCUGACCUGCUUGCGGUAACUGAGACUUGGUUUACUGAUGCUGCUGGUGACCAAGACGCCAGGUCUGUCUGCCCAAGCGGCUACUCAGCAGUGCAGAAGCCUAGAAACCUGGUUCUAACGAAAAAGAAGAGUUGUGGUGGUUUGGCUCUCUUCCACAAAAACUCAGUCAAAGUGACAGUGUUGUCUGAGUUCCCUGAUUUUCUUUCUUUCGAGUGCCUCGACCUUAGUGUUGCGACCAAAUCUACAAAAGUCCGUCUCAUUGUCAUCUACAGACCACCGGAUAAAUCACGCGCCCAAUUCAUUGAAGAAUUCUCUUCUCUACUGGAAUCUACAGUUUCAGUCUCCUCGAAGCUAUUGAUCACUGGAGACUUCAAUCUUCAUACCGACGCGUAUGCCAAUCAUUUUCUGACUCUCGUCGAGUCUUUUGGCUUGCAGCAACACGUGAACCAACCCACACACAACGAUGAUCACAUUCUCGACUUGGUUCUCUCCCGUCAGUCGGAAUCCCUGGUAAAAUCCACUCACGUUGAUGACAGCUUAGGUUGGAAUAUCUCUGAUCACUCUGCUAUCAAGUGUGUGCUCAACAUCCGACCUCCCCGUUGGCCGACUAAGACCAUCACCUUCAGGUCGUUCAAGUCCAUUGACUUGGACGCUUUUCUCUUGGACAUUGACUCUCUGCCGUUGGUACAGUCUCCAACCGACUCACUGGAUGGCCUUGUCACCCAGUACAACGAUGGCAUCCGCUCCACUAUCGAUCAACAUGCUCCUCUUCAGACGAAAACCAUUGUUCUUCGUCCUUCUGCUCCUUGGAGAUCCUUUGAAAUCCGAGGCCUUAAAGCGAUGGCAGGAUGGGCCGAGCGAAUGUGGCAGGCUGCUAGGAGAAAACGCGACCCAGCCAGUGAACGAUUCCACAAAGUCUACAGAAAACACCGAUUAAAUUACUCUACUACUCUUGUCGCCGCAAGAACCGAUUCAGUUCGGGAACAUCGUCCCUGCGUGCAGGAAGUUGUCGACGACCUAAGCGAAUUCUUCUCGUCUAAAAUCUCUACAAUACGAUCGAAUGUGGACCGUGUGGCUGAGUCUACCUCUUCUCACACACUUCAGCACGAGCAGUCCUUCCUUCGGCUACAUGAAGAAAAUGGCCUGCUCAAGUUUCGAUCUGUGUCCACUGCGGAGGUGUCCAAACUUAUCGAAUCGUCGCCAACGAAGUCGUGUUCCUUGGACCCACUACCAACUCAACUGCUCAAGAAGUGCCUCGUGGUCCUAGUUAGACCAAUAACCGACAUCAUCAAUAACCUUUCCCUUUCUACUGGCGCUUUUCCUUCCAGUCUGAAACAUGGCAUCAUCACGCCUCUCCUGAAAAAAUCAACUCUUGACUGGAACGUACUAAGCAACUUUCUCCCAGUAUCAAACCUUUCAUUUCUUUCGAAACUGAUCGAGAGAGCUGUUCUCAUGUUGCUGACCGAACACUUGUCUAAGUUCUGCCUACUUCCGGUACACCAAUCAGCCUACGGAGCCAACCAUUCAACUGAGACAGCCUUACUCUCCUUAUUUGAUGACCUUCUCACCACAGCAGAUCAAAAAGACGCAAGUGCUCUUGUUCUUCUCGACCUGUCCACGGCAUUCGACACAAUUGAUCACCAAAUACUGCUUGAGAGACUGUCCCACUGUUUCGGUCUUUCUAGCACCGCUGUCAACUGGUUCUCAUCAUACUUAAGCAACAGAACGCAGUCCGUCCAUGUUGGUGCAUAUACGUCUGCUGUCGUUCAUCUUUUGUUUGGCGUAGCACAAGGCUCCGUACUCGGCGGCCCACUGUUCAUCAUGUACGUCACACCUUUUUCUGAGGCUACUAAAACCGAAGGCGUGAAAGUUAGUCAGUUUUCAGAUGACAAGCAGGCACGCUCACGUUUCGCUCUUAAGGAGGAUUUCUCCUCCCAGUCUCAGUGUCGCACCCGCCUUGGCUUCUGGUUUGAAAAAACCGACGCCUGGCUCACCAUCAACCGCGUCCAGCUCAACAUUCCUAAAAGCACACUAAUCUACACAUACAACCCCGGUAAAGGCUCCACAACUCGUCACAUUGAUUCAACCCCUCUCCAGAUUGGAUCGUCACUAGUCCAGCCGUCCACAACGGCUUGUAACCUUGGUGUCAUCAUUGAUACUCACCUGAAAAUGGAAGCCCAAGUCAAGAAGACCAGCAGAGCCGCCAACUUUCAUCUCAACAGGAUAAACAAGAUCCCUCGGUUUCUCGAUUUUUCCUCUGUCAAAUGUGUUGUGAAUGCUUUAGUUCUUUCUCGCUUCGAAUACUGCAAUUCUCUCUAUCUUAAUCUUCCAUCUUCUCUCUUGAAGCGCCUUCAGCGUGUCCAAAAUGCAGCGGUUCGUACGAUUUUUAAUCUUCGAAAACGCGAACAUGUGUCUAUACACCGCCAAUCUCUUCACUGGCUUGAAAUCGCUGACCGUGCUAAACUCAAAGUUGCCUGUCUCACUUUUCGCUGCCUCAAUGGCUCAGCCCCUCCCUAUCUUUCUGAUCUCAUCUCUUGCUAUUCCCUAAGUCGUGAACUCCGCUCCGGCGAUAAAAAUCUUCUCAUUUGCAAACCUUUUCGUCUCACUCUAUUCGGCAAACGAGCUUUCUCAUGCGCCUCCCCUCUUCUCUGGAAUAGUCUACCCCACCCUGUCAGACAAGCCCCGAACUUGAAUACUUUUCGUUCUCUUGUAAUUCUUCACCUUCUGUCCAAAAACUGUAACUAA